UUUUUCUUUUUUCUUUUUUUUCGGAGCUGGGGACCGAACCCAGGGCCUUGUGCUUGCUAGGCAAGCGCUCUACCACUGAGCUAAAUCCCCAACCAAAGACUACUUUUUAAAAACUGAAUUCACAACACAUUGGCGCAUGUUCUCCCUUCACGUCCGCUUGCUCCGGUCAAAGCCCAACGCAGGCUUGGGAUCGGGGGACAGUGGUGGCCUCGGGGAAGUCAGCUGGAAUCUGACUGUCCGUCCUUCUGCCCCACCUCUAUGUCCCUGCGGGAUAAGCAGACGGCCGUGGGAACUCAGAAUCGCCCCUUCCCGAUACUGGGGCCUGGGGACUGGAGCCUGCGCUGCCCGGCGCCUCCUAGCACCUGAGAGUCGCCGCGGCUCUAGCGACUGCAGAACGGUCAUGGUCCCCGCGGCGUGACCCGCGCGCGAGACUUGUUCGCCUAGCCGCGGCGUCCGCGCCGAGGCCUCCGGACCUCUAGAGGGCGCUCUGCGCGGGAGUGGCCAGCCACUGGGCCUUCGGAGUGUCCGGGCCACAGUCACGUCCCGAGCAGCCCGGGAGCUCGCGAGCCCGCCCACGAGUCCGCUCGUGACUUUCACGUUUUCGGCUUUCGUGGAUUGCCGGGAGCCACCAUGUUUAACCAGCAACUCCAGCAGCAGCAACAGUUGCAGCAGCUCCAGCAACAGCAGCUCCAGCAGCAGCAACAGCAGAUACUCCAGCUCCAACAGCUACUGCAGCAGUCCCCACCACAGGCCUCCUUGUCCAUGCCUGUCAGCCGGGGCCUCCCCCAGCAGUCAUCCCCGCAACAGCUUCUGAAUCUCCAGGGCCUCAACUCGACCUCCCUGCUCAAUGGCUCCAUGCUGCAAAGAGCUUUGCUCCUACAGCAGUUGCAAGGACUGGACCAGUUUGCAAUGCCACCAGCCACGUAUGACAGUGCCAGCCUCACCAUGCCUACGGCAGCCUUGGGCAACCUCCGUGCUUACAAUGUGACAGCCCCAAACCUAGCAGCUCCUAGCCUUACACCACCCCAGAUGGUCACCCCAAAUCUGCAGCAGUUCUUUCCCCAGGCUACUCGACAGUCCCUGCUGGGGCCUCCUCCUGUUGGGAUCCCAAUAAACCCUUCUCAGCAUAACCACUCAGGGAGGAACUCCCAGAAGCAGCCCAGAACCCCCUCUUCCACCACCCCCAAUCACAAGGAUUCUUCUUCUCAGACGGUGCCUCUGGACGACAGGGAAGACCCCACAGAGGGGUCUGAGGAAGCCACAGAGCUCCAGAUGGACACAGCUGAAGACCAAGAUUCACUAGUCUUCCCAGAUGGCCUUGCGAGUGAGCCCCAAGUGCAUGAGCCUGAGCCUGAGCCCUUUGAGGCGUUGGAACCACCAGCCAAGAGGUUGAGGAGCUCAGAGGAGUCCACCGAGAAAGGCCCUACAGGGCAGCCACAAGCAAGGGUCCAGCCUCAGACCCAGAUGACAGCACCAAAGCAGACACAGACCCCAGAUCAGCUGCCUGAGCCACCGGAAGCCCUGGUGGUGCCGCGAAUCCAGCCACAGGUUCUGCAGAUCCAGACUCUGUCAAAGCUGCAGAAGCAGGCACAGACACAGACUUCUCCAGAGCACUUAGCGCCCCAGCAGAAUCAGGUACAGCCACAGGUACGGUCACAGCCCCAGUGGCAGUUGCAGCCAUGGGAGACAGACCCACCGAAGCAAGCUCAGGCACAGACCCAGCCUCAGCCCCUCUGGCAGGCGCAGUCGCACAAGCAGGCCCAGACACAGACACAGACACAUCCACAGGUAUCCACCCAAGCACAGCCACAGGAGCAGACAUCAGAGAAGACCCAGGACCAGCCUCAGACCUGGCCACAGGGGUCGGCACCCCCACCAGAACAAGCAUCAGUUCCGGCCUGUGCCACGGAACCACAGCUAUUAUCUAACGCUGCAGAAGUUGGGAGAGACCCAGAGGAGACCUUGCCAGAACCAGUAAGUGCCCAGAGCAGUGAAGACAGGAGCCAAGAGCCGUCAGCUGGUGGCCUGGAUGUGGGAGAAUGUGAAAAGAGAGCAGGAGAAGUGCUGGGGAUGUGGGGGGCUGGGAGCUCCCUGAAGGUCACCAUCCUGCAGAGUAGCAACAGCCGGGCUUUCAACACCACACCCCUCACAUCUGGACCUCGCCCUGGGGACUCCGCCUCUGCCACCCCUGCCCUUGCCAGCACACCCUCCAAGCAAAGCCUCCAGUUCUUCUGCUACAUCUGCAAGGCCAGCUGCAGCAGCCAGCAGGAGUUUCAGGAUCACAUGUCAGAGGCUCAGCACCAACAGCGGCUUGGGGAAAUGCAGCACUCGAGCCAGACCUGCCUGUUGUCCCUGCUGCCCAUGCCUCGGGACAUCCUGGAGAGAGAAACAGAAGAUCCUCCACCCAAACGCUGGUGCAACACCUGCCAGGUGUACUACAUGGGAGACCUGAUCCAGCACCGCAGGACACAGGAGCACAAGGUUGCCAAGCAGUCCCUGAGGCCCUUCUGCACCAUAUGCAACCGUUAUUUCAAGACCCCUCGAAAGUUUGUGGAGCAUGUGAAGUCCCAGGGACACAAGGACAAGGCCCAGGAGCUGAAGACACUUGAAAAAGAGACAGGCAGCCCAGAUGAGGACCACUUCAUCACCGUGGACGCCGUUGGUUGCUUUGAGAGUGGUCAAGAAGAGGACGAGGAUGAUGAUGAAGAAGAGGAAGAAGAGAUUGAGGCGGAGGAGGAAUUCUGCAAGCAGCUGCAGUCAAGAGAAACAUCUUCAGAGCAAUGGAAGGACUCUGAGACUUACAGCCCCAACACGGCCUAUGGUGUGGACUUCCUGGUGCCAGUGAUGGGCUAUGUCUGCCGAAUCUGUCACAAGUUCUACGACAGUAACUCAGAAUUUCGGCUCUCUCACUGCAAGUCUCUGGCCCACUUUGAGAACCUGCAGAAAUACAAAGCCAAGAACCCCAGCCCUCCUACCCGGCCUGUGAGCCGCAAGUGUGCGAUCAACGCCCGCAACGCCCUGACUGCACUGUUCACCUCUAGCAGUGGUAGCAGCCGCCAGCCCAGCCCCCAGGACACUGUGAAGAUACCCAGCAAGGUGAAGCCUGGAUCCCCCGGACUCCCUCCUCCCCUUCGGCGCUCAUCACGCCUCAAAACCUGAUAGAGGGAGCUCUGGCCACUCAGCCUAACUAGGGCCCAAUCUGCUGAUGCUUUCUAGGUAUCCGUGUGGGAAUGUUCACAUGGUUGGUGUUUUUACUCAAAAUCCAAUAAAGAGUCAGAAGUUUGGCUAUGCA